UCUUGAAUACUACUAAACUGGUUAAAAGCAAACAUUUGAAGACGACAAUCUUGCCUGCUGAAAACGUGAAGUCACCGACAUAAACCAAAACAACAACAUGGCGUCGUCGCUGAAAUCAUGGUUCCCCAUCCCCAAGAGCAGUCACUUCUCUCUGGCCAACUUGCCUUUUGGCAUUAUCUCGACCUCAUCAAAGUCAACACCUCGAGCAGCCGUGGCAAUAGGUGACCAUUGCCUAGAUCUGCAGGAGUUCUCAUCAUCUGGAGCAUUUUCGACUCUCGGCAUUGACGCGUCCGUCUUCUCCAAGCCUACUCUCAACGACUUUGCGGCUUUGGGCAGACCAGUCCAUCGAUCAGUCAGGAAAUUUCUCCAGGAGGUGUUCGCCGAGGGCGGCCCUCAUGCAAAGACUUUGCAAAGUGACGAGAGCCUCCAAAAGAAAUGCCUGCUUCCCCGUGAUCAAGUCAAGCUGCACUUGCCGAUGGAUAUUGGUGACUAUACCGAUUUCUACGCUGGCAGGAACCACGCCUUCAAUGUUGGCUGUCUUUUCAGAGGACCGGACAAUGCUCUCCAACCCAACUACACGCAUUUGCCGGUAGGAUAUCAUGGACGAGCAUCAUCAAUUGUUGUCUCAGGGACGCCUAUCACGAGACCCAAUGGACAAAUUCUAGAAAACCCAGCAGCCACACCCAAGGUGCCGACCUUUAGUGCCUGUAAACGACUUGAUAUCGAGUUGGAAUUGGGCGCUUUCCUGUGCAAGAGCAACGACAUGGGUAAACCUGUCCCUAUAUCAGAAGCGGCAGAUCAUAUCUUUGGCUUCGUCCUGCUCAAUGACUGGUCAGCGCGCGACAUCCAGGCUUGGGAGUAUGUUCCUCUGGGACCUUUCUUGGCCAAGAACUUUGGGUCCACCAUCAGCCCAUGGGUGGUUCUGACCGAUGCACUGGAGCCGUUCAGGACCAGUGGGAUUCCGAAUGAAACGCAACUAUUGCCCUACCUGCAAGAGAAGGAGGAAAAGAAUGUCUAUGAUAUUCGGCUGCAGGUCGACAUCACACCCGAGGGUCAUGAAACUACGAGAAUCUUGAACUCGAAUGGAAAGAACCUGCUGUUCUCGUUCCCGCAGAUGCUUGCCCAUCACACUAUUAGCGGAUGUCCCAUGGCGGUAGGAGAUUUGCUGGGCUCUGGUACCAUUAGUGGAUCCGAGAAAGGCUCGGAAGGCAGUAUGCUUGAGGUCAGCAAGGGUGGUAAGGAGACGAUCAAGUUGAAUGGCGGAGUUGAGCGGAAAUUCCUCCAGGAUGGAGAUACCAUUACUAUGUACGGCGUCUGUGGCACGGAGGAGACGGGACUGGUGGGCUUCGGUGAAUGUUCGGGCACGAUUCUACCAGCUCCUAAGCUGUGAUGACUCCUGUAUCCUAUACCUUCUAAAAGCUGCAUAUAUCACACAUAACAGGACUAGGUUGUUAGGCACUGUUCUCAGGAAUGGGACCGAGGCACCAAUUCCGCUCUUAGAGUGUGUUUCUGUCUAUCCAAUCAGCAUGAUGGUAUUCUGGAUUCCAAACUUCCCCAGAUUCGACUAACAGCCACA